AGAGCGCAUGCUCUGGGGCAGUUCGCGGCCGGGCAGGCGGGUGGAGGAGUUGCUUGUGGCGGACCUGCAGCGAGGGCAAGAAGUCAGCGUCACCAGGCACCCAGAGGAAGACUGUUGAGCCUUGGAGAGGUGUGCUGUGAACCCCGCAUCAACUCAGCUGUCAACUGAUUUUUACUGUCUACUUCGUGCCGCGCUGGCAGGGCUGAGGAACAAUGGAAAGGAUGCCACCCAAGCGUAUAGCUAAGAGAAGGUCACCUCCAGAGGAUGCUCUCCCCAAAAGCAAGAAGGUGAAGGACCCUCGUAACCAGGCAGUGAGGUCCGCUGCCUCCCGUCGUGUUCCAGGUGCCCACGGGCCGAGCCCUCCUGACCAGAAAACCCGACCAGUCUCACAUAGGUCCCACAGCACAGAACCAGGCAUGGUGCUGACACUGGGCCAGGGCGAUGUGGGCCAGCUGGGGCUGGGCGAGAAUGUGAUGGAAAGGAAGAAGCCAGCCCUGGUGCCCAUUCCGGAGGACAUUGUGCAGGCUGAGGCUGGGGGCAUGCAUACCGUGUGUCUAAGCAAAAGCGGCCAGGUCUACUCCUUCGGCUGCAAUGAUGAGGGUGCCCUGGGAAGGGACACAUCAGUAGAGGGCUCAGAGAUGGUUCCCGGGAAAGUGGAACUACAAGAGAAAGUGGUACAGGUGUCGGCAGGAGACAGUCACACAGCAGCCCUCACUGAGGAUGGCCGAGUUUUCCUCUGGGGCUCCUUCAGGGACAAUAAUGGUGUGAUUGGACUCUUGGAGCCCAUGAAGAAGAGCAUGGUACCUGUGCAAGUGCAGCUGACAAUGCCUGUAGUGAAGGUGGCCUCAGGAAAUGACCACUUGGUGAUGCUGACAGCUGAUGGUGACCUCUACACUUUGGGCUGCGGGGAGCAGGGCCAGCUGGGCCGUGUGCCUGAAUUAUUUGCCAACCGUGGUGGCCGGCAGGGCCUUGAACGACUCUUGGUCCCCAAGUGUGUGAUGCUGAAAUCCAGAGGAAGCCGGGGUCACGUGAGAUUCCAGGAUGCCUUCUGUGGUGCCUACUUCACUUUUGCCAUCUCCUGCGAGGGUCAUGUAUAUGGAUUUGGCCUCUCCAACUAUCAUCAGCUUGGAACCCCAGGCACAGAAUCUUGCUUUGUACCCCAAAACUUGACAUCCUUCAAGAACUCUACCAAGUCCUGGGUGGGCUUCUCUGGUGGCCAGCAUCAUACAGUCUGCAUGGAUUCAGAAGGAAAAGCAUACAGCCUGGGUCGCGCUGAGUAUGGGCGGCUGGGCCUUGGGGAGGGUGCUGAGGAGAAGAGCAUACCCACCCUCAUCUCCAGGCUCCCUGCUGUUUCCUCAGUAGCUUGUGGGGCCUCCGUAGGGUAUGCCGUGACCAAGGAUGGUCGUGUUUUUGCCUGGGGCAUGGGCACCAACUACCAGCUGGGCACGGGGCAGGAAGAGGAUGCCUGGAGCCCUGUGGAGAUGACAGGCAAACAGCUGGAGAACCGUGUGGUCUUAUCUGUGUCCAGUGGUGGCCAGCACACAGUCUUACUAGUCAAGGACAAGGAACAGAGCUGAUGAAGCCUCUGCGGGCCUGGCUCCCGCCACCCACCCCCCCUCCUGGAACUGGGAAGCUAUGACUAUAGAUUCCAGCAGGCCUCCCCCAGCCCUGAGUACUCUGUCAUCUGCCUUUUUCCUAUCAGCAGAACAGAAUCCUUUCCCUCUUUUCUGUCCUCCUUUCCUGAGUCAUCCUACAGUCUACAGGAUGAAGGGGGAGGGGGGAAAUGAAAAAGGGGAGGGGUUUUGGCAGCUGGAACAUUGCUCGCCCCAGAGUUAUGUGGUUAGACCUUUCCCCCUCGUCCCUACCUCCCAUGGUCCUGGCUGACCCUGGUUUUGCCUGCCAAAAACCAAAAAUUCCUCCCCUGGGGAUUUGGUGCCCACAUUCUGAGAGGUUGGGGGCUCAUCAAGCCCUACUGUAGCCAUGUGCCACCCUCUGUCCUUCACAAUCCACAGGCAGACAAAUGGUAUGGUGGUCAGACCCAGCUGUCAUGGACUUAUGCCUGGGGGAAACUGGAGACUGGGCAGGGCUGCCCAGCCAUGGGCAACUCCAAGCCAAAUAUUUGGCCCUCAACAGAGGUCCACGGGGAAGAAAAAAACAAUGAUCCUUCACUUGGUCAAGAAAAAAGCCAAUCAGCCUUUCUCCCAGAAGCACAAAACAUUCUGCCCUUCAGGCAUUGCCUGAGAAUUCUGGCCAUCCAACAUGCCUUACCUGCAGCCAAGGGCCUGAAAUCUGGAAAGGAAGCUACAUCUGCAGGGCAGGACAUGGGGGGAGUGGGGAAGGAGGGUUUUAUAAACAAAUUUAAAGCAAUACUGAGAGUGAAGGGAGGGAGGGGAAAGGGGGCAGAGGCUUGUGCCCAGAAAGGGAAGCAGCAGCUUGUACAGUGGCUGAGGAAACAGAAAACAGUUUUGAUUUUUUUUUUUAAUGUAAAGUAUUUUGGAGGGGAGAGUGAACUCUUUUAACACUUUGAAUAAAUUUAGAGUUUUAUAAAA